CCGAAUCUCUUGAGCUUUCUUCUUCUUCUUCACUCCCUCGCUCUGGCUCUGCUCAUGCCGGUUUGGUUCUUCCAGUGACGAAGAAUAAUCGUCAAUUCUGAGUCACUCUCUGUAAUUAAUAGAGAGAUUAAAAGGCGAUGGUGAGGCUGAUACCUAUGGCGUCGUCCAUACGGCCGUCGCUUUCGUCGCUCAGGUUCUCCGGCAGCACCCGCUUUGGCAUCUCUCUCUUCUCUCGCAAUCCUUGUCGGAGAUCAACUUCUUUGCAUCUUUGCAGUGCCAUUCCACAGUUGCAAUCUUUUGGCUUUAAAGCUAGUAAUAACCUGCUUCGAGAAAAGGGAGGCAGCAUGUCAUUGAGUGCAGCUGGAAAUAUGGCACAUGCAAGCACUGCUGCUGCCCAUGAGAAUGUCUUAGAGUGGGUUAAACAAGACAAAAGAAGACUGCUUCACGUUGUUUACAGGGUUGGAGACUUAGACAGGACAAUAAAGUUCUAUACCGAGUGCCUAGGGAUGAAACUUCUGAGGAAACGUGACAAUCCUGACGAAAGAUAUACAAAUGCCUUCCUUGGAUAUGGACCAGAAGAUUCUCAUUUUGUUAUUGAGCUCACUUACAAUUAUGGGGUUGACAAGUAUGAUAUUGGAUCUGGUUUUGGCCAUUUUGGGAUUGCCGUUGAGGAUGUUGCAAAGACGGUGGAUCUCAUAAAGGCUAAAGGUGGAAAGGUAACCAGGGAUCCUGGGCCAGUCAAAGGUGGAAGCACAGUAAUUGCUUUUAUUGAGGACCCUGAUGGUUACAUGUUUGAGCUUUUGGAGAGGGGCCCUACUCCCGAGCCGAUGUGUCAAGUAAUGCUUCGAGUUGGAGAUCUCGACCGUGCCAUAAAGUUUUACGAGAAGGCAUUUGGCAUGGAACUUCUCCGCAAACGUGACAAUCCUGAAUACAAGUAUACAAUAGCAAUGAUGGGCUAUGGGCCUGAAGAUAAGAAUGCAGUAAUGGAGUUAACUUAUAAUUACGGCGUUACUGCUUAUGACAAAGGAAAUGCUUAUGCACAGAUUGCGAUUGGCACAGAUGAUGUUUAUAAAACAGCAGAAGCAAUAAAACUGUGUGGUGGAAAGAUUACCAGGGAACCAGGGCCACUUCCUGGCAUCAACACAAAGAUUGUAGCAUGUGUUGAUCCUGAUGGCUGGAAGACGGUUUUUGUUGAUAAUGUAGAUUUUACCAAAGAACUGGAGUGAAUGAGCCAUGGGAAGCUUUUGGUCUUAACUCCGAAGAAGAUCUUCGUGCCACCAGCAUUAAUCGAACUUUUCUUCUACUUGUUCUUUUUGUGUGUGGAUAGACUGCCGAAAGGUGCAACGUUUGACAUUGCAGACACAAUAGUCCGCCGUCUGCCGAUAGAACUGUUAU